AUGAAGUUUUCUAAUUGUUUAUCUGUAUUAUUACAAACUUCAGCAGUGUUGGGCUCAUCAUUCAUCUUUUCACACAAUGCCGACCAGGUUGCCAAUGACGAAAACAAUCUAGCUAAGCUAGAGUCUUCCAAGGAUUUUGAAUAUCUUUUAUAUGAUAAGCUCAAGAUUGACGAUUAUGUGUCAAUCGAUGAUAUUGAAUUUGCCAAAUUAUCAGAGCUACAAUCAAAAUCUCAAAAUUUCUUAACAGAUAAGAAUAACAAUAAUAUCAAAAAUGGUCAUUUGGUGAUUAUGGUGAAGGGUGACACCCCUCACGAUGUCAAGAAAAUGUUCCAUGAAAGCUCCAUACAAAAAGUAUUUAACGUUGAUGGGAAAGUCGACGUCGAUGAAAAAAAAGUACUUGGCUGCUUGAUGAAUAAGUACCCAGAAUUAGAAGUCAAAUUGGCUCAAGAUAAUAUGAAGAUUAUUUCCAAUGUCAAGACUCAAGAUUCGAAAUACUCUGAUUCCCACAUGUUAUUUGGAAAUACUGAAGAACUUAGCAUGAAUGCAAAGAGCGUGUUGCAAUUGAGUUUCUUGUUACGUGACAUUUUCCCAGAGAAUGUUUUGAGCGUUACUGACGAUAACGACAAAACUUUUGGGGUUCUCGAAUUUAAUCUUGAAGGCGAUGAUGGAGAGGAUGAGUUCGAGCGUAUAAUGAUCUUCAGAAUGGCGUUUAGAUUGAUCCAUCAAGCCGAAUUUCACGGAAUUGAAUCGACCCUUAUUGUGACUGGUGACACUGGAAGCAAAAAUCACCGUGGCUCCAAGAAAUGUCAUGGUAAACAAACAAUGACCAAGCGUGAUUUUUUCGCCACCAAACCAGUGUUUUCAAAACAAUCAUCAUUUGCGAGUGAAGAAGAAUGUAUCUCAUACACUAACAAUUGUAACACUCAUGGUGCAUGCUCCAAGAACUCUUUAACCACCAAAUGGUCAUGUAUCUGCUCCCCAUCUUUUAACAAAACUUCCAAAUCCACCACUCACUGGGGCGGAUCAUCUUGUGAAAAGAUCGACGUUUCUGCUGAAUUUAAUUUAUUAUUCUGGUCUUGUUUGGUGAUGAUUAUUACAGUAAUUGGGUCCAUUGGUUUGAUUUUUAAGAUGGAUAGCGAACCUUUGCCAGGUAUAUUGAGUGCUGCUACUAAUCAAAACUUUAAGAAUUGA